AUGCCGAGCUUAUACCACCAACCCUCUUUGAGAGAGACUAUCUUCAAUCAUCAUAAGGAAACUCAAAACUUCAAAGUUUUUGUUAGUACAUGGAACCUUGGUGGGUUUGCACCGGAAGAAGAUUUGGAUAUGGAGGAUUGGCUCGAUACACGAAACAACUCCUGUGACAUUUAUGUAUUAGGGUUUCAGGAAAUUUUACCUCUACGAGCUUUGAAUGUUCUAGGGCCUGAGAAUAAUAAGAUGCUCAAAAAAUGGAACGCCAUGAUUAGAAAAGCUCUAAACAAGAGAUCACAUUCCGGGGACAAAAUCCAAAACGACAAACUUGAUGAAGUGCAAAGUCUGUCGCCGAUCAAAGAAGGAAAAUUAUAUGAAAACAACAUUCCUCAUGAGGAAUUUCGGUGUAUAAUAAGCAAGCAGAUGGUUGGGAUUUGUAUAUCGGUUUGGAUUCGAACCGAUCUUCGUCAAUACAUCCGCCAUCCCAGUGUCUCUUGUGUUGGCUGUGGCAUCAUGGGCUGCCUAGGAAAUAAGGGUUCGGUGUCGGUUAGAUUUCAGUUGCACGAAACAAGCUUCUGCUUUGUGUGUAGUCACUUAGCUUCGGGGGGAAGAGAAGGAGAUGAGAAACACAGAAACUCUGAUGUUGCCGAAAUAUUAUCUCGAACAAGCUUCCCUAAUGGAGGCCCAUCUCUUAAUCUGCCUCAAAAUAUUCUGGAUCACGAUGAGGUUAUUUUGCUUGGGGAUUUAAAUUAUAGAAUUUCCCUACCAGAAGAGACAAUUCGUUUAUUGGUGGAAAGAACAGAAUGGAAUCCAUUGCUAGAAAGUGAUCAGCUAAGGAUGGAGCUGAUGAAUGGACAAAUAUUCCAAGGUUGGAAUGAAGGAUCAAUCAAAUUCGCUCCAACUUAUAAAUAUUGUAUAAACUCUGAUAUAUACUAUGGCUGUGUUCAAGACAAAAAAUGCAAAAAAUGGCGUGCACCCGCAUGGUGUGACCGAAUAAUUUGGAGUGGAAAGAGAUUAAAGCAACAUCUAUAUACUAGAGGAGAAACAAAAUUGUCUGAUCACCGACCGGUGAAGGCUAUAUUUUCUGCAGAAGUUGAGAUUUUACGAACGUCAGAAGGUAUUCAAAGUUUGUUCAUGUAG